ACAACGGGACUUUAUGAUGCAAUUAGACACGCGUCUGCUCCAUAGUGCUCGUCACAAGAUUCUUGUCUCCCACUCACCACUCCUAAAAACUCUCUCUCGUCGUCGUCGCUUUUAAUCGAUUUCAUACGUAUUCUAAUAAAUCAUUUCCCGAUGCGUUCAAUGCAGUUUCAGACUCCUCAGAUUCAAUGGAAAAUCAUCAAUCACAUCCUUAUACAAAAUUGCAAUACCCCAGUCCUUUGAUAUCGUAGAAAUUCCAACUAUUCCUUUUGACUCUCUCUCUCUCUCUCUAUCUCAUCAAUCAGAUGGCACAAUCUCAUCUGAUUGUGUUCUUCGCAGCAGUCUCGUGUCUCGUCGGUGUGCUCAACGCAAGUUCCGGUGAUGCUGAUCCGAUUUACAAACCCAUCUGAAAUGACCAAAAUGUCUCCAAAACACAAACUGAAUCCUAUCGGCAGAGUUUAUUGGUGUAAUGAGCUGCUCGGCGGGAAGCUUGAAAUGUCGGCAUUGAUGAUACUGAAAUUUAAGGAACAGCAGCCAAGGAAUGAACCAGUAAGAGUUGGGUAUGUUCCGCAGAGGCGAGCGGUGAUGGGUGGCUGUUGGCAAACGCCAAAUUGGGGUGGGUUUGUUCCGACGUUAGUGAUGAUGGAUGACGUGAUUGUAAGGAGGCAUGGAAUGGCGAGAACAGGAGGCUAUGACCAUGAGUGGACGAUUAACGUGUCUGGCAAACUUACCGGUAGAAUUGUCUUCACAGGCAAGCAUGGAAAUGUCUUCACUGGUGAGCAUGGAGUGCACAGCGGCGAAAUAGGUCUAGCGAUGAUGGACAACAGUUCGAAGCGAAGUGGGUCUGUGGUGAUAAUGGGCCGGUAAUGGUGAAGAUGAUGACAUGGUUUUGAAGGCGACGGAUUGAGCAGCUCAACGUGGACGACUGUGUAGAAUGGCAGUGAGCUCGAAUGGGAAUGCUUGGUUGAUGGGUCGGCGAUGGUGAUGAUGGAUGGCAGUUUGAUGCCAUCUUUGGUUGUAUAGUGUGUUUGUAUGGUCGUCGAGGAAGGCAUGGACCAUGUUGUUGGCCAUGUCGAGGAUAUAGAAGCCACUGAUGAAGAUGACGAUGGCGCAGGGCUUGGGGGUCUUUUUUGCUAUAGGGUCACCGAGGAGACGGCCCAGGUCGGUAGAAUAGCUGAUGAUGAAGAUGGCAGAACAGACAAGAGCGGCGCCGGCAGCAAUGAAGGGGCGGUGGUGGCCGAUGCAGGAUGUGUAGCUGUCGCUGUAGUAGCCGGGGACAGAAUAUAUAUUUAUAUAGGGGCUUUUUUGUCAUUUAAGAUUACAGAUAUUUUGUAUUAAACAAUUGAGGGUGAAAUAGUCAAUUCACAUGUAUCAGAAGUGUAAAAGUAAGUUGGGGGUGUAAGUGAAAGUUAAAACCAAAAUUUUCAUCUAGCUGAAAUAUGACCCAACCUCAGGGGACGUCGGUGUAAUUUACCUUAAGUUUAAUUAUGUUAUUACAUUACAUGGUCCAUAGACAAAAACACAAAAGCUAAAAGUGCAAUAUUGUAAAUCCUAAAUUAGAACAAAGUUUACAUGUGGAUCCACGGCGCGUUGGGGCUCUCUCCAAGCACGAUUUGAUAUCAUUACACCACCCGUCACCCUAUUUUAAAUUAAUAAGUUCAUGAAUGAGAAAUUAAAAAAUCAUAAUGCGUAACGGGGACCAAAUAACUUAUAUUGAAUAACCAUUGUGGCCAAUGAUCAAAUUCAAAUCUCAAUUUCGAUAAAAAAAAAUUCAAACUAAAAACCAAAAAUAGCACUUUCGAAAUUUCUUAUCAUUUGAGCUGUCAGUACAAGUUGAACGUGCCAACAUCGUUCAUUAAAGUGAGUCAGAUUUAUAUUAAAAUAUAUGUGGACCGACGCACACUCAAUAAACGAGAGGGACCAAGGAUGCAAUUUGCAUUACACAUUCGUGACAUUAUUUCAAUUUAAUAGUGACAUUCAAUAGUUUAUCGCGUAGUCCCAGCAUGGACUUGGCGGGUGUACAUCUCCUUCUAAAACGAUGUGACACCACACAAGAUGUACAGCCACACACAGCCCACGUCUCCGGAGUCUGGUUUGGUGGUCCAUAGGCAUGUUGAUUCGAAUUCUCAAUAGCUAACAAAGUCUAAGCAUGCGCAUUUGAAAAUAUAAGGAGAUAGAUACUCCACAACAUACUUUUCUCCAGCUUACCCUUUCAACUAUUAAAAAAAAAAAAAAAAAAAAAAAAAAAAAAAAAAAAAAAAAAAAAAAAACUAGUAUUUUAUAUUUUCUCAAGUUGAAGGAUGGCUGAGCAAAGAGGUACUUUUAACAAAUUUAUUUUUGUAAAUAGAGUGAUAAUGGAUUUUUUUUAAUUUAAUUAUAUUUUAUUAUUAUUAUUAUUAUUAUUAUUAUUAUUAUUAUUUUUGUAGAAAGACGAUUUACAAUGUAAAUGUAAAUUUGAGUGAAGAUCCCAUUUUCUAGAUAAUGUCAGUUUUUAUACUAAUAUAUAAUUGAAUUUGAGAACAAAUCUUAAACUAUAAAAAAAUUAUAUUCAAAUUACUGAUUACUCAAAAUCAAUUUAUUAGAGAAAAAAAAAGAUAUCAAGAUGUUUAAGAAUUCAAGACCUUUAAGAAUGGUGGAAAGGAGUAUUUUAAACUCAAUUACGUAUUCAUUCAUAUAAACAAUGAUUGCAUUGCAUAAAAAAUUAAUUUAAAGUGGUAACUUAUGUGCACAUAAUGUCUUAGUUUCUCAAAAUCUUGACGUUAUCACGUACAGACUCCACCACAAAAAAACACAACAGUAUGAAUUUUUAUGAAGUAUGAACUUCUUUUUAAGAUUUCUUCAGCUUCACUUUUUGUAAAUUCUAUGAAGUUAUAGUGGUGCAUGGUGAGCUGGUCUUCUCAAAUGUGUGGAAGAUCAAGGAUCAUGAAAUGGAAAUUAUUACAUUUUUGAAUAAAUAGUUGGUAGUUUACCGUUUUAAAUAUGUUGGGAGAACAGAUUAUUUACGGACCAAUUUACCCUUGAGAUUAAGUUAAAAGCCUUUGAAAUUGAUGGGGAGAGGGGCACAGUGAGAGAGUGAAUUAGAUUAGAGAGGGAUUGGUUUGGGCAAAAAAAUAUUGAAAAAAAGGGUUCCAUGAGCCUUCCAUCUAUAUAGUAGUUUAUGGCUGACACACACAAAGAAACUCACUAAAAAGGAAAGAAAGUAAAAACAAAACAAACUCCUCUCUUUUUUGGCAAAUUGUUUGCACCAUUAAAUUUUUGAAUGAAAUAGGAAUUUUGAAUAAAAAGGAACUUUUUUUACGUGAAAAUAUUACUUUCGCCUGUUUUGGACGAAAACGGUUUGGGAGAAAAUAGGCAAGAACAAGAAACUAAGUUUUCUUAUACUUUUUCUCUCCUUCUAUCUAAACUCCAAAAAAGAAUUUAAAAGUUUUCUCUUUCCCUUCUUUUCUAAUAGAUUUCAUCUAACCAAACAAAGCUUAUUUUUCUCUCUAUGUGUGUAUAUAUCCUUUUUCUUAGUUUCUGUUUUGUAAAAUGAUUAGGCCCUUUGCACUGCUUAUUACGUACAACUGAUCAACUGGUUUGUUUCAAAACUUGUAUUAUGGAGUCAUGCGCCUGUUUAGAAUUAUGUACUUGAUUGUUUUCACCUGUGACGCCCGUGCCACCUAAAAAAAAAAACUUUAAAAUUUUAGUAUAACUACAAUUUGAGGACCUAAAUGAACAUUUAAGUAGUUCGUUAUUCAUUUAUCAACCGAUGUAGAAAAAUAAUAGUUUGUAUUUUUUUUUCUUUAUAUUUUUCUUUUUAUUGAACAAUUACUAAAUAGUCACCAAAUUUGCAACCCAAAAAAGGUCAUUCUACUUGUCAGUCAGCUAUUGGACAUUAUUUGGACACUUUUGAUAAUACCCAAGCUUGCACGGUGGGCUAUGAUGACUCGAAGUGUGUCCAACCAAGUCAGUGUAGCAAAGCAACACGGGUUGUUUGUCACGACCCGAAAAUUCUAACAAAAUACUCCGACCCCAUUUUUGUCAAGUCCUAAAGAUUCUAACAAAAAUUCUAAUAAAAUGCUUUGCUAUCAUUUUGUCAGAUCCAAAAUUC